AAGAAGAGAGAGAGGAGUUCAGCUUAUCUGUCUCUCCAACCCAGCAGAUGAGGAGCGUCAAAGAAGAGAGAGAGGAGUUCAACUCAAAAUCUGUUUCCCCAUCCCUGCUGAACAUAUAUGAGAGAGAAGAGUUCCCUGGUUCUCCAUCCCAGCUCAACGUAAAAGAAGAGACAGAGCAGUUCCCUGGUUAUCCACCUCAGCUGAGGAGCGUAAAAGAGGACAGAGAGGAGAUCCUGCAUUCUCUGUACAGUCUGAGGAGCGUAUCUGUAGUGCUGGUGGACUGCUGUAGACCACAAGGACGGCAGGAGAACAAUGAAGAGAACCACAGAGAUGCAGAGGCAAGGGAGAGAUCUGGAGAUCAGCUCCACUGCAGCUCCAGUGUUCUGAGGGAAGGAGCUCCACGUUCUCUUUCCAAGCUGAGGAGCUCAUCAGUAGUGCUGGUGGACUGCUGUUCAGUACAAGGAGGACAGACUAAACUGAAAGGAGACCUGCAGGCGUACUCCAGGAAGACUGACAAGAGUCAAACUGGCCCUGGCAUUCCCAAGAAGCUUCAGGACACUCAAGCUGGACAGAAGCCAUACUGUUGCUCAGAAUGCGGAAAAAACUUUAGACAAAAGCAGAAACUUAAAGACCACCUAAUCAUUCACACAGGGGAGAAACCCUUCUCAUGCAAGGACUGCGGAAAGAGGUUUUCAUUUUGUUCUAACCUUUACAGACAUCGCCGCAUUCACACUGGAGUAAAACCGCACCCUUGCAGCCAGUGUGACAAGAUCUUCAAGACAACAACAGAGCUCCAAAGCCACCUGCGUGUUCACACAGGGGAGAAACCAUUUUCAUGUACUGACUGUAGAAAGAGUUUCUCACAUUAUUCCGCCCUUUCCAGACAUUGUCGCAUUCACACUGGAGAGAGGCCGUACGCUUGCAGUCAGUGUGACAAGAGCUUUAAGUCAAAAACAGAGGUCCAAAUCCACCAGAGAGUUCACACAGGAGUGAAACCAUUUUCAUGCACCGACUGUGGAAAGAGAUUUUCAAAUGAUACUAACUUUUGUGUACAUCGCCGCAUUCACACUGGAGAGAAGCCGUUUGCUUGCAGUCAGUGUGAUAAGAGCUUUAAGACAAAACUGGUGCUCCAAAUCCACAAUCGUGUUCACACAGGGGAGAAACCAUUUUCAUGUACUGACUGUAGAAAGAGUUUCGCACAGUAUUCCGACCUUUCCAGACAUUGUCGCAUUCACACUGGCGAGAGGCCGCACCCUUGCAGUCAGUGUGACAAGAGCUUCAAGACAAAAGCACAUCUCCGAAUCCAUCAGAGUGUUCACACAGGAGUGAAACCAUAUUCAUGCACAGACUGUGGAAAGAGCUUUUCUCAUAAUACUAACCUUCGUGCACAUCGCCGCAUUCACACUGGAGAGAAGCCAUACGCUUGCAGUCAGUGUGGCAAGAGCUUUAAGACUAAAGCAGAACUUCAAAACCACCAGCGUGUUCACACAGGGGAGAAACCAUUUUCAUGCACCUACUGUGAAAAGAGUUUCUCAAAUGCUUCUAAUCUCCACAGACAUGAGCUCAGUCACACAGGGAAGAAACCACAUUCAUGCACUGACUGUGGGAAGAGUUUCUCAACUUCUUCUCACCUCUACAGACAUGAGCGCAUUCACACAGGGGAGAAACCAUAUUCAUGCACUGAGUGCGGAAAGAGUUUCUCAAAUAGUUCUGGUCUCCGUAGACAUCGCCGCAUUCACACUGGAGAGAAGCCGCACCCUUGCAGCCAGUGUGACAAGAGCUUCAAGACAAAAACAGAGCUCCGAAAUCACCUGCGUGUUCAUACAGGGGAGAAACCAUUUUCAUGUACUGACUGUGGAAAGAGUUUCUCACACUCUUUUGUCUUACACAUACAUCGUCGCAUUCACACUGGAGAGAAGCCGUACGCUUGCAGUCAGUGUGGCAAGAGCUUUAAGACAAAAGCAGAGCUCCGAAGCCACCAUCGUGUUCACACAGGGGAGAAACCAUUUUCAUGUACUGACUGUGGAAAGAGUUUCUCACAGUCUUUUAGCCUUAAGAAACACUUUUCGUCUCACUUGAGAGAGAAGAGCUUUAAGAGAAAAGAAGAGCUCCAAAUCCACCAGCAUGUUCACACAGGGGAGAAAACAUUUUAACUGACACUGGAAAGAGUAAAAAUCCAUGACUUUCCAACUGAAGUUAAAUUUCGCAACACAAAUUGUGUCCUGUGCUCUGACAUGUAUGUCAAUGUUUGUGAACGGGCAGCUGCAAGGCCAACUACAAGGGUCUUAAAGACUGGCUCCUAACCAGUCAGUACCUCAGUUAUUGGAGAGUGCUGUGGAAGUUUACGGUGACUAUUAACCUCUUAAUAUGUCUUCAUAUUGCAAUGUUUCAGUCACGCAAUGCUUACGUUCAUUUUAUGGUGUCCUUUUGUGUGACUGCUCUUAUAGAAGGGAAAAAAAAUAAAUAAAUAAAAAUACAAUUUUUAUAAAUGAAAACGCAUAUUAACACAUUGAAUACCACGGGUGUUUUCAGAAUUAUGUUGUAGGCUCCUAGCGUUCUAAACCAUAUUUAGGUGUUUUUUGUACAGUCAUAGCAUAUUAUGUGAUAGGGCCAUCGAAACAUGUUAUGGCUUGUUUGAAUGGUGAGACUUUCACCUCUUAGUAAGUGAAAACCGCAUGUCUGUGUACGUGCUUUCAUUGUCGAGCUAUCGUGAGUUAAACCAAGGCCGGUAUCUGCCAAAAUCAGCAUGGAAUGGAGAUAUUGAGGCUUUUGUCAAUCAUGCGCCGUUUCAGAAUCUUGCGCUUUUUCACGGAGACCAAUAUAAUAUUGGUGUACUAGACACAUCUCUCCUGCUCUGCCACCUCCCCCUCCAAAUGUAUCAACCAACCAAACGAAUUUUCGCCUCCGGAAGUACGUUUCAGUUCCUUGUGUACAGUCUGUUCCUGCACAACUAAUCUUUGCACACACCACACGAAACGGGUUGUAGUCACACUACCACACGCAGUAGGCAAAACAUAUUCAA